GAGCCAGACUCUUGCUUAUGAAGAUUGAUUUCGAUCCCUUAUAUUGACCAUAGCCUCACGGAAUGAACUACUACCCCACGACAAUAAAACGAAGUGCAUAUAGCAAUAAUUUAACCCCGGAUUUUGCAGGAAAAAGAAAGGAAAAUUUUGAAUGCGCAUUUAAGCGGUUGUUUAAUUAUUAGCUGAUUACAAAACCUUUCUUUCCAUUUGUUCAUCAACUUAACAUAACUAAAGUUCAAUUGAGGUUGAAUACUUAGAAAUUAGUAGCGUGAAAUUGAAGAGUAUAUAGUAUUCCGUGAGGGUAUUCCACGAUUUUUUGAAGGUAAAUAACAAAAAAACAACGUCAUCAAAACUCCUUCAUAGAAUCAAAUAUAUUUAGAGUUAAGAAUCAUUUCCCACUGAAGAAGAAUGACAGUUUUAAAUGCAGAAAGACUUGUGCGUUUAGCAUACAAGUACCCAAAUUUGCAUGAUACUUGGUACCUUGUAGCAUGUGCAUGUCUACUGGUAGUCAAUCAACCACAAGAAAUUCCCAAAGUUUUACAUUUUGCUCUUAGGCAACAACUUUUAGAGAAUUGUGCAGCAAAGGACAAGAGACUUUUAACUGAUCAAUAUCUAGUAAAGCUUGCUGCCGAUUCAGAAUCACUGGCCAGCAAAUAUAUUGAUAUGAACGCUGUGGGGGUAAAUUUGCCGGACAUUCUUCUCCCUCAUACAUAUUAUGAUAAGUUGCCACUUGGCUUCAAAUAUUCUAAAGGUGAAGAUAUACAUGAUGCUCAAUUACUGGUCGCUGCGAAAGUGCGUGAAGUUGUUCUCAAAAGUAUAGCUUUGGCAGGAUUACCAAAGGCCAUCAAUGCAUUGAUGAUUUUAAAAACAGUGACUCCAACCACUUUAUUGCCAAGUAGUACCCCAGUUAGACCAUAUCAAGUUCAUCCAGGUCAAGUUCCCUCUUCAGAGAUUGUACAAGAAGAUGUCUCUGGUACUAGAUUUGAAGAUGUGACAUAUGAAGGAGCAGGGUCCUCCACUACUGACACUAUAGAUGGACCAAUUAAUCGUGACUCUAUUGAUACAAAGCAAAUUCAAAAGGAUUUACAUCGCGGAUCAGAAUUUUGGAACACCAUUUAUUCUACCAAGGUAAAUAUGAGAAUCCGGAAACAAAUGCUUAAUGCAUACCCAGAUCUCUGGUAUUAUGCUUAUCAUCACGCUUAUGCACCAUUGUUAAGUUUCACUGACAUUUUGUCAGCACGAGAAACUUCAAUGUGUAUUGUUGCCAGUUUAAUACCGCAAGACGUUAAUCCUCAAUUGAAGGGACAUUUACGUGGAGCGCUCAAUGUUGGAGCCACAAAGGAAGAAAUAUCAGAACUUAGACAAUUGGUAUUUGAUAUCUGUGAAUGGAGUGGUAAUGUCACUUGGAGAGAUGGUAAGGAUUCUGUUGCCAAAUUAUAAAGGUUAAGAACGAUCCAUAUAUAUAUAUAUAUAUUAUAUCGUAACACGCAAGAGAUUUAUAACUACUCAACUGUAUGCUAACAAUUAGGAAUCUUACUCUAAAUAGCUCAGUAAGUGCAGUUCAGUGAUAGAUAUA